AUGUUCAUGCCUCCAAAUGUAACGGCUCUAAUCCAGCCAAUGGAUCAAAAUGCUAUUAGAAUCACCAAACUUCAUUAUAGGAACAGUCUUCUGGCAACAAUUAUUGCAAAAGAGGGGGAUUUGCUUGAAUCGAUGAAAAAAAUCACACUUAAAGAAGGAGUUUCUAUUCUAGAGGCAUCCUGGAACCGAGUUGGUAAAGAAACUUUAUCUAACUGUUGGAAAAAUAUUUUGAAUAUGGUAAAUGAUGAAGACGAUCCUAAAUUUAAUGUUCCCUUGAGCGUUUUAAAAGAAAAGUGGCAAUCAGAGGUUAGAUCUUUAGAAAAUAUUGCUGCAGAUCUUCUACAGACAUUGCGCCUUCAGGAAGUAUUUACUGCUGUAAACAUUAGAGAUUGGAUCAAUAAUCCUUGUGAGGACGUCACGCCAUUUGAUGAAAAUUAUUUAAAUGAAGAGUCCGACGAUGAUGACGACUGUUUUAUUGAAGCGCCUGAAAACAACAUUAAAGCCAAAGAAGCUGUCGAAAUUCUUAACAAAGCUGUCCAAUGGGCUGAAUUUCAAACGGUCGAUCAAACUGACAUUAAAGUAUUGAAAAAAAUCAGGGAAUUGCCGGUAAAUAAGCUGGUCGAACAAAAGAAAAAACAGAAAAUAAUAACCGAUUAUUUCCAUAUUUAAUUAUAUAUGUAUGUUUCUUUUUUCAUUGUAAAUUUUAUUUAUUUUUUUUUUUUUUUUUUUUUUUGUCGUAAUAUUUUGUUUGUUUUUUAUGUACAUACUAUACGUAUGUACUCUUUAUAAAAUGGAUUUUUAAAAACUUUUUAUGUUCAAAUAAAUUACAAAAAUUUUUUUUAGUAAUCUUUGCAUUUUCAUUCCUUGCAGAAAUGAUUUUUAGAAAGAAUAACUUAGUAAUAUAUAUAAAAAAAUCACAAUCGAAAAUGUGAACAAUUUCGAAAAUAUGAACUACCCCGACAUUAAUUAGUUCACAUUAUCGAGAGUUCACUGUAUAUAGCUAUUUGAUAAAAAGUGAUGUGCAUUAAAGUGAUUUUCAGAAGAGGCUUUGUAUGGGACCGAUCGGACCCAUAUUAUGGA